AUGGAGUGUCAACGAACUUGGAACGCCAAGGCGGCGAAUCAGUUCUCCAGUAACCAUGUAUCUAAUUCCUUCAAGGUCGAUCAACAUGGUCGAGGAGGAUCUUCACCGUCAUCAUCAUCAUCAUCCGUAAGUUCAUCCUCGGAAUUCCAAGUGGUCAUCCUCGAAUUCGGGUCUGUGAUCGCCCAAUCCUGGCGUCAACAGCGAUCUUCAGACUCGAUUACUCGAACUGAUUGGCAAGUCAUGAGUGCUUCACCCACUUCGGAUUGGUUCUGUUGGUUUGUGGAAGGCGUUCUCAUCUUGAUAAUUGGCCUCUUCGGCCUCUUGGGCAGCGGGUUCUCUUUCGUGUUAUUCUCGAGGCAAAAGGUUCACCGUACUUUCCACAAUCUUCUUCUGACACUCACCACGUUUGACCUGAUUUAUGUCGUCUGUUCAAUACUGUUGUUUUCCAUCUCCAAGUUCAAUGAGACAUAUGACCAAGUCUACAGGGUGUAUAUGUUACCUUACUUGCUCCCCCUGGCCCACGUGGGUCUCAUGGGAAGUGUUUAUUGCACUUUGGCCAUGACUGUUGAACGAUUCAUCACGGUGUGUCAUCCAUUUUGGCGGAGAAGGAAAAAUUUCUCGAGCGGGAUCUUCAUUAUCCCGGUUCUUCUAUUCACCGCUGCCUAUAAUAUUCCGAAAUUCUUUGAACUUUAUGUGGAAGAAGAGAUAAUUUGCUUCAAUGACGAACGUUUCGACAAUGCAACAGCUCCUUAUACUGAUCCACUCGAUUGCGAAGAUCCUCUCAAUCACACGAUUCAACUGCACAUCCUUCCGACUGAUUUGCGCACGAAUUCAACUUAUAUUCGGGUUUAUAUCCUGUGGAUGAACUUUCUCAUUCAAAUUAUUAUUCCAUUCAUCCUCCUGAUUGUGCUCAACAUCAAGAUAUUUGACAAGAUCAAAGAGUUCGAACAAAACCUGGUCCAGAUUCGCAUCACAUACACCAACAAAAAAUAUGGCCACAAUGAAGGCCAGGCUGAGGCCUCACAAAACUUUGCCUCACCCCGAUUGUCUUGCAGUGGCCGAGCCCUCCGGGCCCAUGGUCGUCAUGGAUCAUCGUCUGGAACUGGAGAAGUGGCUCAAGGCCAAGACGAUAUUUGCAGCACUGCUAUUUCAGGAGACUCCAAAGGAUCGAGUGGUGGUGGUGGCCGAUCUCCAAAGAGAGGCUCCAGAAAAAUGUCGAUACACUACUCAGCGAAGAUGGAAAAGGUCAAGGCCAAGGUUUUGAAGCACACAGGACCUGCCAAAGAGACGGUGGGAGACAGAAAGCGAGAAGUAAUCUUGGCCAAGAUCUCCUUGUACAUCGUGUUUGUGUUUCUGGUGUGUCAUGGAGCGAGGUUGUUUCCAAACACGUUCGAAGUGGUCCAAACUUACAUGGAGGAUUACCACCCGGAUACGCUGGCAUGGCCUUCUUGGAUCUCACGUGUGACCAACAUAAGUCAUUUCUUGUUGGCUUUUGCCUGCUCUGCCAAUUUUUACAUUUACUACGCAAAGCACGGUUCUGUCUUGAAGCAGUUUUGUCUCUGCUGGAUACAAAAGAGACGAAGCAACUCAAUGAACUUGAUGCAAAACCAAACCACUCAAUACUAAAUGGAAAUUACCUAGUGAUGUUACGUGGACUUAAUGUCAAGAAUGAAAGAAGGCCUGAAAAUAUGAGUUAAAGAUUUUAAUCCGGAUUUACGAACAAUGUCAAUUUCAUUUUUGUGCUCUCUCACCUAGCGUCACUUUGUUGUUGAUGAGACUAAAAUCUGCUCGUCAAAACUUUGCUAAAAUAUACCACAUUUUUUAAAUGUUGUUAAUACUUUUUUCCGGCAGUGGUUCUAAUUUUAUGCAAGCUCUAAGAGAAAGAUGAAGCACCCUGUUGGGCCCUUUAAAGUCGAUGCAUAAGCCACAAACAAUGUAAGGAAUGUGGCUAACAUGUUUGAAGAUCAGCUCUCUGGUAUGAUUUCAACUUGACUGAGUUUUGAAGCAACA